CUCGGCUGCAAGCUUCAGCUGCUACGACUUCUGCCAUGCUUCACCCGCCUCACCAGGCCUCUCCUUUUCCACAUCCCCGUGCGGGACGCGCACCAGGCCCGCACCGCCCCUUCCAUGAUGCAUCGCAGCGGUGGGUCGCAAACGCGGUGUUAGCGGGUGUCGCGCUUGUAUCGAAGAGCCAGGCCUUGCGCCGGGCCAGCUUCGUACUUACGGACGUACAUGCGGGUGACAUGCAUUCGUCUGUGUCGUCAUUGGUGGUCUACGAGACAACGCCAGACGGGCGCUGCGACGUCGCUAGCAGAGGAGCAGAGGGCCAGAGGGCCAGAGGCAAACCUGCUGGCCUUGUUGGUUCAUGGCUGGCGCGGGUGGUGGUGGGCAGCCAGGCCAUCAAUUCGCGCUCCGCUCUCACUAUCGCCCAGGUAUAUGCGGGGGUACGGGAUUCCCCCAAUCCUGACCCUCCUCCUGCUCUCCCGCCGAGGGCACGAACACGGCCUCCGGGAUGUUGCACCAGCAAACGACGGGACAACCGCAGCGGGAGGGACGGAUAUCCCGUCGUCGCGCAAUGCGCCUGUCUCUCCACUUCAUCACUACUACCUUGCCACCUUGCCCUAAGGUUACUACUUUGCUAUUACUACUACUUUGCUACCACUACUGCUGCUACUGCUGCUGCUGCUGCUGCUGCUGCUGCUGCUGCUGCUGCUGCUGCUGCUGCUGCUGCUGCUGCUGCUGCUGCUGCUACUACUAUUGCUACUACUACUACACCCUCUAGACUUACCUGCUUUACAGCUCUGUUCAAUCCUAGCACUGCAACGACAAACACAUCACAUCGGAGGAUCUCCCAUAACAAACAACGGGGCGAUCGAGGGAAGAGAAAAAGAGGAGUCGGCACCUUUACCGUUUUCGCCGUGGCAUUGCGAGCUCUUCCCAUGGAGCAGGGAACAAGACGGUAUAGAGUCCAGAGUAUUGGCAAGGAUUGCCUCUGUUACUACUGA